AGUUUUAACUACCAAUCACCUAAUGGAAGGCACACCUUGCUAAUUAUAUCCCUUAAUGUGGAGCCAGUAGUCUAGGCUAGGGCACAUUACUUUGCAGGGCAUCGGGAUUCAAGGUCGUGUGAACUCCACACUCGUCUGGACCUAGAACUUAAAUGUUGGGUGAUAACGUUUUGAAGAAAAUUGCUUAAUAUUUUAUAGUGAGGGGACUUUGUGAGUAAAAAUCUUCAAGAAGGGUUGAUGUGAUUUUCAAAAGCAACUUCGAUGUUUGGAAUUUGGAUUGCUGCUCUCUUAUUCUUUGGCACAUCAAUGGGAAAAGAAGUUUGCUAUGAAAGGGUGGGGUGCUUUAAAGAUGGUUUCCCAUGGACUGGGACUUUGUCAAGACAGUUGGCAGGUCUACCCUGGUCUCCAGAAGAGAUAAACACUCGCUUUCUGCUCUACACGAGACAUAAUCCCAAAGUUUAUCAGGAGAUCAGUGCAGUUAAUUAUCGAACUAUCCAAGCCUCACACUUCGGGACAGACAAGAUGACCCAUAUCAACAUACCCGGAUGGAAAUCAGAUGGAAAAUGGCAGCAAGACAUGUGCAAUAUGCUACUCAAAGUGGAAGAUGUGAACUGCAUUAACGUAGACUGGAUUAACGGUUCACUGGAAUAUAUCCAUGCGGUAAACAACCUCCGCGUUGUGGGUGCCGAGGUGGCAUAUCUUACUGAUGUUCUCAUGAAAAAGUUUGGAUAUUCUCCUUCAAAAGUGCACUUGAUUGGCCACAGCGUGGGAGCACAUCUGGCUGGGGAAGCUGGGUCAAGGGUACCGGGCCUUGGAAGAAUAACUGGGUUGGACCCAGCUGGGCCAUAUUUCCACAACACUCCGAAUGAAGUUAGGCUGGACCCUUCAGAUGCCAACUUUGUUGAUGUUAUUCAUACAAAUGCAGUUCGCUUACUCUUUGAGUUUGGUGCUGGGACUAUUAAUGCUUGUGGUCACCUUGACUUUUACCCAAAUGGAGGGAAGCACAUGCCAGGAUGUGAAGACUUAAUUACACCUUUGUUUAGCUUUGAUUUCAAUGCUUAUAAGGAAGAAGUGGCUUCCUUCUUUGAUUGCAACCAUGCCCGAAGUCAUCGCUUUUAUAUUGAAAGCAUCCUCAAUCCUGAUGCAUUUAUUGCUUAUCCUUGUAGAUCCUACAGAUCUUUUAAAGCGGGAAAUUGCUUCCAUUGUCCCAAAGAAGGCUGCCCAACAAUGGGUCAUUUUGCUGAUAGAUUUCACCUCAAAAGUAUGCAGCCUAAUAGAUCGUAUUAUUUUUUAAACACAGGCACUCUUUCCCCAUUUGCCCGUUGGAGUCACAAAUUAUCUGUCAGACUCGACGGAAACAAUGUCACCCAAGGGAGCAUGUUUCUCCGUGUAGGUGGAACCACUGGGAAAACAGGGGCAUUUGUGAUAGCCAGUGGAACACUUAAGCCAGGCAUGACUUACACAAAAUUAAUUGAUGCAGACGUUAAUGUUGGAAAUGUUACCAAUAUCGAGUUCUUUUGGAAGGAACUUUUGUUUGGACACUCUCAGAAUAAGUUGGGAGCAGAAAUGGUGAUAGAUAAAUCUGGAAAAUAUGGAUAUGAAUCUACCUUCUGUAGCCAGGACAUUAUGGGACCCAAUAUUGCUCAGAUCCUGAAGCCAUGCCAAUCUCAGAUACAGUCUUGAUGGAUUUACUUAAUGGGAGCAGUGAAAGAAAGAAUCUCCUUCUAGCUGGUAUUCAAACCAAACUUGGCCUUUGUGAAUGACAUAGACAAGUACAGUUGUUGUUGCUUUUUAUAUAGAAUUUUUUUCUCACUGAUAAACUUUGUAAGUGCCUUAAAAACAGACUGAGUCCUAGGACAGGGUAUGGUAUGGUAAUCUGAAGGAAUCUGAGUAUCAGUGACAAAAUAAAGCUGUGUGGGAAUUUCCCUGAAUGAGAAGAGGAGAGGCCCAAGUGUGCUGGAAUAAAUUCACUGGGCAAAAGCGAGACUCUGGUUGAGUAUUUGAAGUACGUUUUGAGUAUUUCCAGGUCAAAUAAUCAUUGUUCUAAAAUGAUUUAAAGAAUAUUUAUUCUGUUGUUAAAUCUUGCUAAGACAAAUUAUGACUAUAGUUCAUGAUAUAUAGUGAUGAUAACCCUGUGGGUUAAUAUGCUUAUGUAUUAAUAAUGAAAACCGAUGAGAGUACAUUAGUAUUUCCAAGUUGUUCCUUGGUCUUCAGGUGUAUGUAAAGUAAAUGAGAUUUGGGGGGCCUAUCUGUGAUGUGUACACCAGUUAGCAAUAGGCCCUGAGGAUCAUCAGCCCCUUCUCUAGAAGCUUCCCUGCCAGGGGAGAAUUACUCCUCUCUGGGCCUUGUAAGUUCCAUAGCAAAUUUGCAUUUAACCUAAAGGCAGCAUUUCACUUGUAAAGCACUUGACUAUCCCUUUGUGUUUGCAAUAAAGUACUGUAAUAUUUAAAUGUACCAAUUUUUAAAAAAAAUUCCUCCCAUCUUUUGUAAUUCAGUUGUCCUUAUCCAUGGCAAAUGACAGAUGAACGUUUUUAUUUGCUCUGUUUUCUAAUGGGUUCAGUGGUUAGCCCGCAGCACUCUACUGUAAAUGUUGUUAAAAAGAAAUGAUGACAGAUGCUCUGCAGAAGUUUUCUUGAUUCUCCUUGAUGCCUUAAUGCCAAGUCAACCUCAAGAAGAGGCCCCCGGAUGUACUUAAACUUGUGUUGGGGCAGACAGUAGAGAACAAAAUGGGGUGGCUCUUUCCCACCGUGCAAAUAGGAGCUAGCCGACUGAUGGGAGCCCAAGACUCGCUGGAAGGAGGGAAGGAGCUGCAGACACAUUUGGCAGGGUCUGGGGUCUGGUUGAUCAACUGCUCUCUGGUGGGCGUGUCAGCCCCAGGCCUUGGCCGGUGCAGGAGCAGGAUGGCCAUGAGCAGCCCCAUGGGAGAGUCCGAGCCCUCCUAACACUGUGGCAGACCCAGCACACCUUGGCAACCUGGCGGUAGAGUCUGCCCCCUGGCUCUGGGGACAAGAAACCUUCCUGUGAAAGCAGCUGUCCUGAGCCUGCGCUGUUCCCCGCUCAGCCUUUCUUUCUUUCAAAAACGGCUUGGCCACCAGCAGGAAGAGUUCUGGAUCAAGUCACAGCAUGAGGCUCUGUGAGUCCUGGCCUGCCUCCUUGCCCAAGAGGCUUCUUGGCUGCUUCUUUCUAAGCUUGAAAAGACGAAUGGGAACCAAUUAACUUCUGGAAACCCUAUUUUAAUAAAGUGCAAACUUUCCAUUCCAUA